ACAUUCGACAUGUAAUUCUUCGCUUUUGUCAACUCGUUAAAGGAAAAGGAAAAAAAAAAAAAAAACGAAAUCAGAGGGUGGCCUGCGGCGUGUACUGAGAGUGAGAUCCUCCGGGAAAUGGAGAUGGCUGGAAUUAGAUCUCUGCUCCUUGUAUCUAUGAUCCUACUGUUAGUAUCAAUCGGCACUGUCGAAAGUCGUAGGAGUGCCAAGUCUUCUUCGGUUUUUUCUUUGUUCAAUCUUAAAGAAAAGAGUAAGUUUUGGAGUGAGGCUGUUAUACGUGGAGAUUUCGAUGAUUUCGAAGCAAGCAGCCCUUCUAAAACGGGUGUUUAUAAUUACACCAAGGCAGGUAACAUUGCAAAUUACUUAAACCUUAUGGAAGUAGAUUCUAUGUACCUUCCAGUUCCUGUCAAUUUCAUUUUCAUGGGUUUUGAUGGAAAGGGGAACCAAGAGUUCACACUUCGUCCAGAAGAACUUGAGCGAUGGUUCACCAAAAUAGAUCAUGUCUUUGCACAUACGCGAAUUCCACAAAUUGGAGAACUUAUCACUGCAGUUGAAAGAGUUAUCAUAGAUAAAAAGCAACAUCACCAUUUUCCUGUCAUCAGCCAUGUAAAUUACAACUUCUCUGUCCAUGCCAUUCAAAUGGGUGAAAAGGUGACUACUGUCUUUGAGCGUGCUAUCAAUGUUUUAGCCCGCAAAGAUGAUGUUUCUGGUGACAGGAAUGACACUGAUUCUCUCUGGCAAGUAGAUGCAGACAUGAUGGAUGUUCUUUUUACUAGCCUUGUUGAAUACCUUCAACUUGAAGAUGCAUAUAACAUCUUCAUUUUGAAUCCUCGUCGUGAUUCUAGGAUAGCUAAAUAUGGCUACCGGAGAGGUUUAUCCGAGUCGGAAAUAACUUUACUCAAAAAGGAUAAGGACCUGCAAAGUAAAAUUCUUCAGGCAGGGAAUACUCCAGGAAAUGUUCUGGCUCUUGAUAAUAUUAAGAAACCCUUGUAUGGAAAGCAUCCAAUGGUAAAGUUUGCAUGGACAGUUACAGAAGAAGCUGACACGGUGGAAUGGCACAAUAUUUGCUUAGAUGCACUGAUGAAUGUCGAGAAGUUGUAUCAAGGAAAGACCACUGCUGAAAUAAUUCAGAACAAAGUUUCACAGUUAUUAAAUGGGAAGAACGAAGAUAUGAAGCUUCUUCUUCAAAAGGACUUAAAGUCCGGGGACUUCAACGACUACCAUGAAGAAUGUCUAACAGAUACAUGGAUUGGAAAGGACAGGUGGGCUUUCAUCGAUUUGACUGCUGGACCUUUUUCCUGGGGACCUGCUGUUGGUGGAGAAGGUGUGCGAACAGAAUUAAGUUUGCCUAAUGUGGGAAAGACCAUAGGUGCUGUCGAAGAAAUUUCCGAAGAUGAAGCUGAAGAUCGCUUGCAAGAUGCAAUUCAGGAAAAGUUUGCUGUAUUUGGUGAUAAAGAUCAUCAGGCAAUUGAUAUUCUUCUGGCGGAGAUUGAUAUCUAUGAGCUUUUUGCUUUCAAGCAUUGCAAAGGAAGGAAGGUCAAGCUUGCUCUUUGUGAUGAGCUUGAUGAGAGAAUGCGGGAUUUGAAAGAUGAGCUUCAGUCAUUUGAAAAUGAAGAGUAUGAUGAAAGCCACCGUAUGAAGGCUGUAGAUGCUUUAAAACGGAUGGAGAGCUGGAAUUUGUUUAGUGAUACUCAUGAGAAAUUCCAAAACUACACGGUUGCUCGGGAUACUUUCCUUGCACAACUUGGUGCAACCCUGUGGGGAUCUGUGAGACACAUCAUAUCUCCUUCAGUUGCUGAUGGUGCUUUCCAUUAUUAUGAGAAGAUAUCGUAUCAGUUGUUUUUCAUUACAAAGGAGAAAGUUAGACAUUUUAAAAGAUUGCCAGUGGACCUAAGGGCACUCCAGGAUGGGCUUUCCUCUUUGUUGAUACCUUCACAGAAAGUUAUGUUCAGUCAGCAUGUGUUAGCACUUUCAGAGGAUCCUGCUUUGGCAAUGGCAUUUUCUGUGGCGCGACGAGCAGCAGCUGUCCCAUAUUUGCUUGUUAAUGGAACAUACAGGAAAAGUACCCGUUCCUAUAUUGAUUCUUCAAUUCUCCAGUAUCAGUUGCGGAGGCUGAAUACUCAUGGAUCUCUCAAAGGAUCACAUGCUCAUAGCCGUUCCACUCUUGAAGUUCCAAUCUUCUGGUUCAUUCAUACCGAUCCAUUAUUAGUGGACAAACAUUAUCAGGCCAAAGCGCUUUCUGAUAUGGUUAUUGUUGUCCAAUCAGAGUCGUCAUCCUGGGAAAGCCAUCUGCAGUGUAAUGGAAAAUCCCUUUUGUGGGAUUUGAGGAGACCCAUCAAGCCUGCUUUGGCUGCUGUUUCUGAACAUCUGGCUGGUUUGCUUCCCCUUCAGCUUGUCUACAGUCAUGCUCAUGGAACUGCAAUUGAGGAUUGGAUAUGGUCCGUGGGAUGCAAUCCUUUCUCCAUUACUUCUCAAGGUUGGCAGAUAUCAAAAUUUCAAUCAGAUACAAUUGCUCGGAGCUACAUCAUCUCAACUCUUGAAGAGUCGAUAAAACUGGUCAAUUCAGCCAUGCACCUUCUACUUUGGGAGCGUACAACUGAGAAAACCUUUAAACACUUCCAAUCUCAGGAGCGUGAGCUAGUGAACAAGUAUAAUUAUGUUGUCAGCUUAUGGAGAAGAAUUUCAACUAUUGCUGGUGAAUUGAGAUACACCGAUGCCAUGAAACUGCUGUAUACCUUAGAGGACGCAACCAAAGGGUUUGUUGAUCAAGUGAAUGCAACCAUAGCCCUUCUUCAUCCGAUUCAUUGCACGAAAGACAGGAAAGUGCAAGUAGAGUUUGACGCAACAACAAUACCUGCUUUCUUGAUUGUUUUGGGUAUUCUCUAUCUUGUGCUAAAACCUAGACGACCAAAACCUAAGAUCAACUGAGUUAAAGUCAUGGUUGCAAAAAUGGUAGCAGUAAUCGGCUCAAAGCCUUAUUGUAGACCAUCUCACAAAGGGCUAAAAAAUUUUCCCCCGCGAUAAUCACACAGGUUAGCAUUCACAACAACAAAGCUGUACUAGAAAUGAUAGCUUCAUAAAAAGAAGAGAAAGUGGCAAAAAUGGUGAAGACAUGGAAAAAUAUAGUUUUGUAGUUGUAAGGUUUUGUUGUACUGUUCUUAAAGAGUAAAUUGAUCUGAAAAUUGACAUUAGAUGGCCAAAUUGUAGUGUGAUGGAUGAUGGAUGAUGUUUAAAAAUCCGAAAAUUGUGGGAGCAUUUAGUGUUAGGUCUUUGUUUUGAGCAUUGAAGGCAAAGUUUGACAUGAAAUACGAAGUUGAAAAGUCAA